CCGUGUGUCGGCCGGCUUGCAUGAAUGGCGGUCGCUGCGUGGGGCCCAACACUUGCCUCUGUUCCUCUGGCUGGACUGGACACAGGUGUGAUCAACCUCUUUGCUACCUGCAGUGUAGAAAUGGUGGCCUUUGUGUCAACCCAAACGUUUGCGCAUGUCCGAGAGGCUUCAUAGGACCAGACUGCGGGAGACGAAUUAGGACACACCAAGUGCCUCGAUACUGGAGAAGACGUUUUUCCUACGGCAACUUGUGACCGACGGUGAUGACCUUUAAAAAAACCCCCAACAACUUAAUUAAGUUUAGUGACGUUUUAAUGUAAAUAUUAUAUUAGUUUUUAUACUCUAUGAUUUAAACAUAGCCCUUCUUAAAGAAUGAGAUGAUAGUCUGGAGAGUGUUCAACAGACUUGUCAGGAACUUACAAGAAGCGUGAGCCGUAUCACACAAAGUAAAGCAAUGUGUAACUCUUUACUCCAUUGCUCUAAAUUUACACUCUCCCAUUCUUAAAAUCGUCUCUUCAGCAUGAUGUCAUGGUGAUCCAAUUAAUAUGGCACCACGGAAUGCAGAAACCAGCGAUGUGCAGAUUAGGCUAAGUAAGUUUUGAAUACCUGUGUAUUUUGAAGAAAAAUUGUUAGGUUAUUUUGUUAUAAGGUAAUGCUAUGGAAUCUAUGUCGCAUGCAUGUUAUUUGUAUCAUUGUGUGAGUGCUAGAAAUAAAUAUCCCACUUUUUGAAGCACAACACAAGUAGAACACUUUACUCUGCUCGUGAAAUGUAACAGUACACGUCGAUCUACCCGUAGUCUCUCCUUGACACGGAACAUGGUUAGAUCAUAAAACAACGUGUUUAUACUGUCUGAGAAUCAGGACCGGCGUCUGUGGUUAUGGAAUUGUGAGGCGCCUUGCAGCCGCAUGCGGAAGACGUGAGCACGAAUCCCGUAAGGGGAGGGCUUUUUUGGCAGCAGAUGGAACAUUGUAACCCUCUCAGCCCGGGUUGACCCUAACUGCAGAAGAUAUUCGGAGACGUCUCCGGCGAACACCCAGGAACUAUUCGGAGACGCACUCCCGCACACAAACGCACUGCUUUGGUGGGUCAAACUGAGUAUUAUUUGCUGUAGAUCACACAUAAUAAAGCCACGAAAACUGUCGCAAAUCAAUUAUUUUCAAGAAAAUUUCAAACUUAACUGCAAACUCUGUAACCCCCAGAUUUUUUUAAACUUGUUCUAGAGGCACAAAGCAUUUUGAUUGGUCUAUUUCCGUCGGAGCCGUCUCCGAAUAGAUACUGCGGACUCUAGCAGGUACAGUCGAAGCUGUCCGCCUCUUAAAUAAUCUAAAAGACAUGGUUACGGGCUUGAAAUACUAAGCGUCAAAAUUGGGUUCUCCACUUCACGUCCAUUAUCCUUUCCUAUCUUUUGUAAAAAAAAAAUUAAAAAAUUAAAAUAUUCUAUUAUGUUAUAUAUUUCUCUGAACUGACUGUUUACUCACUCCUAUUCAUGUUGCAAUUGUUUGGUAAGAAUAAUUAACCUUUUGUUGUAGUUGUUGUUGUUGUUGUUGUUGUUGUUGUUGUUGUUGUUGUUGUUGUUGUUGAAAAUGGUUUUUUCGUGUGAGGUAUAUAAUUAAUUGUAAUAAACAUUUUUUCUUGUUCCUUAUGAUAUAAUAAACCAUCCUUUCCAUUUCA